UGUCAACCUUGUAAAACAAUCAAGGCGAAGUUUUAUCAUUGGAUUUUUCUCCGCCUUUGUCUCAAAGAUAGCCAUAUAUCACUUCCGAGAUGACUUCCAAUGUGCGCCUGGUCGAGGAGUACCUAUCGCAGACGACAUGGAAGGGCUCUGAGAAUGCCAAUUCAACCUACUCGCACCAAGGACUCAUGCAGUACGUCUCCCAACAUGUUAUUUCGGAAUAUUGGCUGCAGCAGCUCUACUCCGAAGAGAUCCGGACGUUCAACGAACAGAACCGCUUCCACAUCCAUGACCUCGGAUUUCUGAGCGCCUACUGUUCAGGUUGGAGCAUUGAAGACAUCCUCCUUCAAGGCUUCGGUGGCGUUGAGAACAAGAUUCAGUGCAGACCUCCCAAGCACCUUAACACUGCCCUCAACCAAGCGGUCAACUUCCUCUUUACGCUUCAAGGGGAGCUCGCUGGAGCUCAGGCCCUCUCGAGCUUCGACACCUAUCUCGCUCCUUUUGUUCGAGCCGAUAAACUCACGUACACCGAUGUCUUCAAGUAUGUCCAGAGCUUCGUCUACUCACUCAAUGUGCCUACGCGGAGCGGAUUUCAGGCGCCCUUCACCAACCUCUCGAUGGAUCUGAUUUGCCCCAAAAGCCUCCAAUUCCAACCUAUCCUCAUUGGUGGCGAACCACACCCGACUUGGAUGUACGGCGACUUCCAGGAAGAGAUGGAUAUGCUCAACAAGGCUUUCGCCGAGGUCAUGAUACAGGGCGACGGCAAUGGCAAUAUCUUUUCUUUCCCAAUCCCGACGUACAACCUUUGUGAAGGCAUUGACUGGGACUCGCCUCGCUGGGAGUCCAUCUGGGAGAUGACGGCUAAGUACGGCGUCCCCUACUUCGCCAACUUCAUCAACAGCGACUUGGACCCCGAAGACUUUCGAUCAAUGUGCUGUCGGCUCCGCCUCGAUCUCAGCAAAUUGCACUGCAGAGUCGGUGGUCAGUAUGGUGCGAGCCCGUUAACCGGCUCCAUUGGAGUUGUCACGCUCAAUCUGCCGAACCUUGCUUUCCGAUCCAACGGGACGAAGGAGUCGUUCUUUGCAGAAAUAUCCGAAACACUGCGGGUUGCCAAGGACUCACUUGAGAUCAAGCGAAAGGUGGUGGAUGGAAAUUCUGCCUUGUAUCCCUAUGCAGCUCACUAUCUAUCUGCCACGAAACACCGCACAGGAUCACAUUGGACCAAUCACUUCAGUACCAUUGGCGUCAACGGCAUGAACGAAGCGCUGGUCGCCAUUUUUGGCGAGGGCAUCAUUGACCACAAGGAGUUCGCCCUUCAGACACUGGACUUUAUCAAGGAGCGGCUUCAAGAGUUCCAGAACGAAACUGGCAACCUCUACAAUCUGGAGGCUAGUCCGGCAGAAAGCACCUGCUACAAGUUUGCCCGACGGGACAAGGAGCUUUUUCCGAGUCGCACCAUUCCAACCUUCUACACCAACUCUACAAUGCUCCCUGUAGACACGACCGAGGACCUCUUUGAAGCCCUUGGCCAUCAGGAGGAGCUACAGUGCUCAUACACGGGCGGGACCGUUUUUCACGCCUUCUUGGGUGAGCGUUUGUCGAGCUGGAGGAUGGCGAGAAACCUCGUCAGAUUGUUGACAGAGCGUUACCGUGUCCCGUACUUGACCCUCACGCCGACCUUUAGCAUCUGCAAAACACAUGGCUACAUUGCAGGAGAGCAGCCACUGUGCGCCGUGUGCGCUGAAGAAUGCCUUGUGUACUCACGAAUCGUUGGCUAUUUCCGUCCCACUCGCGACUGGAACAAGGGCAAGACGGCCGAGUUUUCUCAGCGAAAGACUUAUCGUUAUGAAAUCGGUCUUCCCAUCGACGAUAAAGAGAAGGAGAAUAACAAACUGCGGGAGCUGGAGAGCCAAGUCGCUGAGAUUGUUGAUUUACCUGUGGCUGGGUACACAAAGUUGACUCUCAGUGACUGGCCCGGCAAGAUGCAAGCCGCUAUCAUGUUCACAUCUCGCUGCAACCUUUCGUGCCCUUGGUGUCAUAACGGGCCGCUCGUUCGUGGUGAGCGUGACAACUUCACGAUCCUGGACAUAUUUCGCCACAUCACGUCGACACCACAUAAGUCACUCGUCAUAUCAGGCGGUGAGCCGACUAUCCACAAGGGCUUGGUCCCUUUCAUGCGACUUCUCAAUCAGGCGGGCGUGAGUAUCAAGCUUGACAGCAACGGCACGUCACCCGUCGUCUUGAGGCGCAUCUUCGCUGAGAAGCUUGUCGACUUUGUGGCCAUGGAUAUUAAAUGCGCACUGGAGAACUACAAGAAGGUGACUGGCCGAAAGGUAGCUCCCAAGGUUCUAGAGUCUAGCAUUACACUCAUAAAAGAGAGCGGAGUGCCAUAUGAAUUCCGCACUACAGUUGUGCCGUCGUUGGUGGACAUGGAGGAUCUCUUCGAAGCGAAACGGCUGGCUGGUGGGAAGUUGACGAUGCAACGUUUCCGCAAGGGAGACAACAACUUGCACGAACAGUUUCGCGAGUGUCAGGAGCACACUGAGCAAGAAUUCAAGACGAUGGUUACGCAAGUAGCAUAGAGAGAAAGAUGGGACAAGGUUGCGUUUGCUUGUAUAUUCUCAUUCUCACUGGUAGAUUUACAAUUUCAAUGAUCAGAUAGUGUAGGGAAUAAUUUGAGAUAAACGUCAUG